GAUGCGCGCGAAUAAUACAUAUUAAGAGCUAAGCAGGGCUGGCGGACAGGUCGAAAUGGCGAUCACGCACAGGGCUUACGUCAUCAUCACCUUUCCCUUGUGCUGCGUGUCCAUUGCCCUGCUGGCCACCUCGCUGUCCACCCAGAACUGGCUGGAGUCGAAAGGAAAAUACGAAAAUCCCGACCUGCCACCCAUCAAAUUCAACUACGGCCUCUUCACUGGGACGCUGACGCGAUCAUAUCAAUUAGAGGACAAGGACUACGAGCUGCACAUGACAUGCCUGGCUGACUUGGGCAUUUGCGCUUUGAGCUGCUUAAAUACACAAGAACUUCGUGAAAUAGAGGUCAGAGAUCUGUACAACGCAGGUGGCAAUGUAGAAACCCUAGUAGAUUGUGAGGCAAUUUCGCGAGCCAGCGCCGCGGCCGGCAGAGUUGGGCCAAUGCCUCUGGUCCUAGCCGGCGCAAAGGCUACCGGACCUGACCCGUCGUUCGUCAACAUGGGCGUCUGGGGCUCAACGAUAACAUUCAUCGCGCUUGCCCUGUUGAUGGCCACUAUGGGCGCCGUCUUUGCGGUGAUCAACGCGGCAAACACGCCGGUGGAGCCGAUUUUCGGCAUCCUCGGCCUCUUUAUCUGGAAUGCCUGUGCAGCCUUCAGCAUUGGCCUGGCGUUGAUUAUUUGGGGAUGUCAUUUCGGUGUUGACCUGACCUCAAACGCAGCCAUAGCUGAAUCGAUCACUGGCACACUGUCCACUAAUGGCCUGGCUUCGAUUGGAUAUUCCUUCUGGAUUCUGAUCGGCGCGGACAUCAUGCAUUUGGUCAAUAUUGGUCUGCUGCUCGUACGCAGACACAUGGUCUUGUACGCUCCUCCUCCGCCAACGAUUGAGCUCAAGGAAGAUAACGACGGAGCAAUCUUCCUCUAUUGAAAACUAGACUCUGCGGUCUUGCCCACCCUUCAUUGUAAGAGUAAUUAUGUUUUUUCGGUUUUAUUUUUGUGAGUAAAUUAUUCCAUAUCUCUCAAUAUUCAUCGAUUUUUUUUAAACGGAUUAAUUAGAUGACACAAUAAGUGACAAAUAUUUUCUCUUAAAAAUGUGUCGCGUAAUUCUAGCCCUGUUAUUAAGCAAGUUUCCCACUGGAGCAAUGCAUGUGCAAAAUUCUAUUAAAAACAGCGGUUUUUCAUAAAUUUUAUUUUAACUUCUUCAGUUCAAAUUUGAAAUAUUUUAGUUGUUUAGAUGUAAAGUUAUGUGUUCAAAUGAAAUGUAAUAUUUGUAAGUAAUUCAAAACACUUAAUUAAAAAUGACUCGAGUAUGAUGAUAUGUGACGUGCGAAGAGGAAUUCCAAUCAAUACAUUAAGAUUUGAAAUCUUUGCUUGACGCACUGCACGUUGAUUUAAAGAACAAACAUUUUCUUAGGUGCCAACAAUUUAAGUAUUUCUCAUUUCCCUAAGAAUAUAUCUGAGAUAUCAUGCGUCCCCAAUAUGAGAACAAGCUAGCAAUUAAAUGCAAAAUUGUUUUAUUUAUAACACACCAUGUUAUGUAUGAAAAUGAUCGAAACCAUCCGGUAUCACUGUACUAAAAUAAAUUUCAUGGUAUUAAAAUA